GAGUGCUGGGCGCUAUUAUGCCUGCCAAGCCGGCAACGGCGGGUACGUCAUGACCCGGCUUCCGGCUAUUACGCAAAGGGCCAGUUCGGCCGGACAGUUCCCAGUAACAUCAAAUCUCCAUUUCGGUUUUCGUUUGAUACGCCAUAUGCAGCGAUAGAUGAUUGGUUGUUACUGAGCCUAUCGUUGUCGUUGCAAGAUAUGCCAUCUGUUUCGCAAAUGGAUGCCGAAUAACUUCGACCUUCUGACAGCCUGAGGCCGUUCCUUGAUCCCCAGCACUUGCUACGUCGUGAGAUUCGAUUCAGUUCGAUUCGAUAGGCAAGAGAUUGACUUAUCGGUAUCUUAAAGCACCUCUGUCACCAAGUGCUCCGAUCUCUUCGAUUCCGGAGUCAUGCCCUAAACGUUCAAGUCAAGGUUGGGGAGUGACUGACAUCUCACGCAUCCAUCUAUAUACAAUAGCUGUGCCUGUAGACCAUGACGAUGCUAUCGAACAGAAUGGUCAACGCGACUCGUUGGGUCAGGUCUCGGAAACCUUGGCUCUGUUCGUGGACCAGACCAAGAAGAUCGCUCCAUCUCGCUCCACCAUUUCUCCUCGACGACUAUACUCCUCGUUAUCAACUGCUCAGCUCAGUCGAUGCGGCAAAGAAGCGCACGAGGGCGUAUGCGCACUUGCGAAACUGUAAUCUUUGUCCCAGACUAUGCAACGUAAAUAGGUAUGAGACCACCGGCAUGUGUCUCAUUGGAUCAAACGUGAAGGUCAACGUCAUCGCGCCGCAUUUUGGUGAAGAGCCAUGUAUCCAAGGGCACAACGGGUCGGGCUCGGUCUUUUUCUCUGGCUGCAAUUUGCGCUGCACGUUUUGCCAGAACCACGACAUUGCCCACCAACGCAACGGAAUGGACCUCACGCCCGAGGAGCUAGCGGAGUGGUACAUCAAGCUACAGGACACGGGCGGCGUGCACAACAUCAACCUGAUAACGCCUGAGCAUGUUGUUCCCCAGGUCGCGUUGUCCAUCCUGGCAGCGCGGGACAUGGGUCUCAAGAUUCCUGUCAUCUACAACACCUCUGCCUUCGACUCGCUCGAGUCGCUCGAGCUCAUGGAUGGGCUCGUAGACAUCUACCUACCAGACUUCAAGGUCUGGAGCAAGGCCGCCAGCCAGCGCCUGCUGAAGGCCGAGGACUAUGCGAAGACGGCGCGUGAGAGCGUCAAAGCCAUGCAUGACCAGGUCGGCGAUCUGUGUUUUACCAACGACGGCAUUGCGAAGAAGGGCGUCCUAGUCCGGCAUCUGGUCAUGCCGGGCAAAGAAGCAGAUGGGGAGUCUAUCGUGAAGUUUCUGGCGGAGACGCUGGGCCGAGACGUGUUUGUCAACAUCAUGGAGCAAUACCGGCCUGCGGCACACGUGGGCAAGCCGAAGCGUAGGAGAGUGGUUGACCCUGGCGGAGUUGAGGCGGGCAUGAAAGACAAGGAGGAAGUGCGAUAUGCAGAAAUCAACAGGGCGGUCACGGAGCAGGAAGUCAACAGUGUAAGAAGAGCGGCAGAGAGGGCGGGGCUCUGGAGGUUCAAUGAUCCUCCCCGGCAUGAAGGGUUUGCUCUUUGAUGCGUGGAAUCGUGGUUAAGAUGCUGCGAUGUAUGACCAUUGAGUACGCAAGGUUUUAUUAUGAUGCAAGUUUGCAUGCAUCACUGAUCAACACGCAAUACGGGAUAGCUGAAUUAGUCGUAGUGCUCCAAUCUUGGGGUCUCUUUAGAUUUGCACAUCAUGGAGCAUGUUCACAGAUGUCGUCCUGCACAGAGGGUCUGCUGAUGGGUCAAUUCAUCACUUC